AUGUCAUUCGACAAACUCCCCCCAGAAAUUCUCCUUGAGAUCGGCCGAUGCGUCAACCAAGACCUACGGAAGCUCUCCUCGACAUGCCGUCGAUUCAUGGCUGUUUUCCAAAACAAAGUAUACUCGACACUAGACUUUGACGAAACAUCAAAGUCGGCAGACCGGGCUCUCGCUGUUGCCAUUGGUCCCCGAAAACAACUUGUCCGCACUAUUCGAUUCAUCCCGCAUAAUCCUCGACCUCAUGAAGAUGAGACUCCCGACCAAGGCAUCAAGCUCAGCGACAAGGCUCGUCAGGUACUAGGGUCCCUCCACAAGUUCCCUUCGCUUUACAAGUUUCAGUUCGAUCUUUCAACUUGGUGCAUCGACCAAUGUGGCGUGCCCUCCCAUGAAAGGUUUCAGUCCGUAUAUUCCGGGGAGCCAGAAUCAGUGCCUUGGAGACAUCUUAUCGACCAGAGUUUGAGAGCGUUGAAUCAAAAUCUCCAAAAUCGCGGUGCCUUCUCUCGUCUGGAAAUGAAAGGUUUCCCACCCAUUGGUUUACUGUCAAGUUUACUGAAUUUCGCUUGGCACGAUCUCCUCAAAAGUAUUGAAACAUUUGAGAUAUCACUGGCAGUCACUCAGAAUGAACAGGAUAUACGCUCCAUGACACACUAUGAACUUUUUUACUGGGAUUUCGACCUCGCCGUUCUUUAG